AUGGCCCUCGUUUGCGGGAUUCAUCGAAUUGGCGUAUCGAUUCCUCCCCAUCGUAAUCGGAAAGCUGAUUCAGACCGGCAGCAGAAGAGUUGGUACUGGUUGGUGGUGGUCAUCGCUUACUGGGCCAUCGGCACUGGCAACGGCGCGGCGGAACUCGAAGUCCAAACCACCGAGAUGAAUGCGACCGAGUGCAACAGCCUGAUUGCCUCGGUCGAGUGGACCGAGCCGCGGAAGAUCCUGCUGCUGGCCAUCCUCAUCUUCAUCGACGUGCUGGUCAUCGUCGGCAAUACGCUCGUGGUGGCCGCCGUCACCAGCUCGCAUAAGCUUAGGAGUGUUACCAAUUUUUUCAUCGUUAGUCUAGCCGUUGCCGAUUUGUUAGUUGGAUUAGCUGUAUUGCCGUUUUCGGCCACCUGGGAGGUGUUCAAGAUUCCAAGCUACCGGGGAACUGUUGGCCGAAAGGAAGAGUUUUGUCCACAUUACUCGCAAAAGAUGGCCAAGUGCGUCAAGCAACAGUACAGACAGCAGGGGGAAUAUUCCAAAGAUCAGCAGUCAACCUAG